AUGGGGAUCUUGUCGGACACUGCUGCCGCCGGGCUGAGUCACUCUGGUGGUGUUGCUCAGACGGACUGCCACUUUUUAGCCACUGAGGGGGAGGUGCAAGAAGCAGAAAUGGAAAAGGGGGAUGCGGAGCCUGCAGGUGAGAGAUUCCAGGAAAAGGGCUCAGACGAGGAAGAGAUCCUGCGCUACGAGCAGGACAUCACGGAGCUGCUGCUCACCAUCGCCAGCCUCCACGGCAAAAUUGAACACCUGCAGCACCAGACGGGCAGAGAUGACGAGGAGUUUUCUGACCUGGGCUCGGAAUACACAGCCAGCCUCCCCCGCUGCCCUCGGCCUUUCCCAAACUCGGUCCUGGCCCUGCCACCUCCGGCCCGCAGCAUGGAUGGCCAUGCCGACCUCUUCCUUGAUGUCCACAAAGCCAUGACGUCUCUCGAGGACACCGUCUUAUCCCACCGGCGUCGUAUCCCAAGCUCAGAAGCUGAGCUGGAGGAGUACACCCGGGUGGCUGAGAGCCUGGAACAAAGUCUACGGAAGUUCCAAGGAGAUGACAAAGAGCCGCUUCCCCAGCUGCACAGCGAAGAGGAGGCGUUGGCGGCUGGACUGCCUCCAGAAGAGAUGAGCAAGUACAAGAGAGAAGUGGCCCUGUACGAGCAGAGGAAUGCGGCCCUGAGGGCAUCUCUGGAAGGGAAGGACGAGGCCCUCCGCCAGUCAAAGACCGCCCUCGGUGCAUACCAAGAAGAGCGGGAUAAGCUUCAGAGAAAGGUCAAAGAGCUGCAGGAUGCUCUCUCUACGCUCGAGAACCUUCCGGAUGGAUUUGCCGGCCCUGUUCAAGAAGGAGGGCCGUGGGGGUUUCAGGAAUGCAAGAGUGACUCAGAGAGCCUCAGCAUGCUGCUGGGCCGCCGGGAGUCCGAUACCACUGCCCUCUGCUUGGCUGUGCAGUACAGUGAACGGUGCUUGGAAGCCCACGAGGUACUCUGGUCACUGACUGCAGCACAGCAGCAUCCCUGGAAGGAAUCAGCUGAGGAUGGAGGCGUCCCCAUGACAGCCCCAGGUGACCCUGGUAGUGUCUGUCAUGAGAUGGAGACGGCAGUGAUGAACGAAGCGUUGAGGUCCUGGGAAAGAUGCCGUGCAAACAGCGAGGGAUCCGAGUGUGCUGCCUUCAAGCAGAGCUCCCCAGAGCCAAGUGGUUUGGAGGAGGACCGAAAGGAGGUUUUGCAAGAGUACAUCAGGCGCCUGAGGGCAGAACAGGCCUCUCUGAAACUCCCCGCCUCGCGGACACCGUCCAGGGCCGACUCGGCGGCGGCCAGAAUCAACGCAGGGAUUGGAGCCAAGGUGGCGGAGGUGCAGAGAGCUCUGUGUGACGUUCUCCCCACGGGUGCUGCAAGUCCCAAGAUGGAGAAGUUGCAUCUGGUGCAAGAACUGCAGACGACUAGGGAAGCUUUGGCUGACUUAAAUAUCCAGCUGCAUUUAAUGGGGAAGGAGAAGCAAGGCCUGGAGCUCCGGACAUACACCCUGAAGGCCCAAGAGGCCGCUUGCUUGUUGAUCAUCCGGAUCCUGCAAGAGGACUGCGAGAAGAGCCGGGGACAACAGUCUGGAUCUUCCGAUAGCAGCAGCAGCAGCAGCAGUGAUGAAGACAGCGACCUCAGGGGCUACAUUCCCGUGUGUACCUCCAAAGGAACCCAUUUCCGUCUAGCUCAGGAUGCUGGUGGGAAGCAGCCAGCUACAGACCGCGAGGCACAGAUGACGGAACUUCGUGAGACUUUGGCUCGUGCCAUGGUCCAUGCCUACCGGAACGCCCGGAGGAAACAGGAAGCCCAGGUGUGCCAGCUGGAGAAGCAGGUUGGCUUGAUGAGUCACCGGCAAGCAGAGCAGUUGCGAUUGCUGAUACAAGAAGUAGAAGAGAUUGGAUUUAUACCCCGCCGUUCGCUACCC